AUGUCCCUUUUGCUGGAUGGCUUUGCUUCAAUUGACUACGAGGAUGCAGUGUCCAUCAGAACGCCCAUGAAGUUUAUGGUACCCCUCUCGUCAGGACCACUGUCCAUCAGAACGUCCAUGAAGUUUAUGGUACCCCUCUUGUCAGGACCACUGAAGUGGAGAUCUCAUGGACGAAGGUUUAUAAAGACUCUGUCUUUGAAUCUUUACCAUUACAAUCACUUAAACAUCGCUCCUCGUCGACGAGGGCAGAAGUCUCAGGUUGCCACCACGCCUACUCCUGCUGCUGUACCUCUCCUCAUCCCCACUGCUGCUGCCCCCAUCGCUGCUGCCCCCAUCACUGCUGCUGUUGCAUUGAAUGCAACUGCGCUUCAACACCCCCAUAGACAACGACAAAUGCCUAUGAGGUUCCGCGACAACAACCCAGCUCAGACUGGCACCAAUCAUACGGCAGAUGACGGAGAAUAUAUUGAGAUCGGCCAUGUCUCUGGAGAUGAAGAGGAUGACUUGCCUGCACCAGGAGUCAGGGCUCCUCCUGUCCUUGGCCCACUGCAAACGGCUACUAGUACGGUUUACUCCACCCAAAACGAUCCCUUAGCCACGGGUAUCCAAGGAACGCAGCCCAAAAGCACAGCUGAUGUCUGUGACUUCUUUAGGUUGGAUCCAGCCACUAACCGCAAGAUUUGCCAAGUAUGCGAGGACUUGCAGAAGGUGGACGAUUCACACCGAAUUACCACAUACAAGCACAUGACCAGCACUUCUGCCCAUCGUAACCAUGCUUUCUUCAGCCAUACAGACCUUUACCUACAAGAGGCAGAGCGCCUGCGCUGGCCAAUUCUUGUAAAGUCACUGAAGUUGCGCCUUAAUGAAGGGUGA